CAAUUCUACUUCUAUUGCUUUUCUUUAUUCUUAUGUCAAUGGCUCAAGGUAUUGUAUUAAGACCAAAGCUGUUGAAAAAUGUUUCGAUGAUCUUCCUCAUGCAAAACAAAAGGUAACUGAAUUUAUUUUCAUGACAUAGUUAGUGAUAAAAAUCCAACUGCGGUCCAAAUAGCCCAGGCCAACAUGACUGCCAAAUCCCCAACUUUCUUUGGGUAUGUUGCAAUGGCGGACGACCCACUAACAGCUGGAUCAGAGCCCAAUUCAACAAUAGUGGGUCGAGCCCAAGGGACAUAUGGUUCAACUGAUCAAAAUGAGAUUGGCAUUCUCAUGACUCUCAACUUUGUGUUUACAACUUGCGAGUACAAUGAUAGCACACUAAGUGUACUUGGUUGGAUUUCUGUAUUUCAUCAAUAUCGUGAGAUGCCAAUUGUUGAUGAUUCUGGAGUUUUUCGGUUGGCUCAGGGAAUUGCCACGGCGAAGACGUAUUGGUUCAAUAUGAUCAAUAGGGAUGCUAUUGUUGAGUAUAAUGUUAUAGUCCUACAUUAUAAUAUUUAAUUUGAAGUACUAUGUUAAUUAU